AUGGACGAAAGCCGGAUCUACGAUAAGGUCCAAGAAGCCUACAGUGCCGCCGUCAAAGGUAACGGUAGUGAUUAUGGACGCAAGAUCGCUGCGGCAUUUGGGUACAGUGAGCAAGAACUGGCAAGUAUCCCUGAUGGGGCUAAUCUUGGUCUGAGCUGUGGAAACCCAUUAGCGCUUGCAAAACUGAGAGAAGGAGAGACCGUUGUCGAUCUUGGUAGUGGAGCUGGGUUCGACGUGUUCCUUGCGGCAAAACGGGUCGGAGCCCAAGGCAAAGCUAUCGGAGUGGAUAUGAACAAGGACAUGCUUGAGCGAGCAGAAAGGAACAAGGAAAGGACACAAUCCGCCAAUGUCUCCUUCGUGGAGUCUCGAAUCACCAAAGUGGCAUUGUCCGACGCUAUUGCCAACUGCAUCAUAAGUAAUUGCGUUGUAAAUCUUGUCCCAGAAGGAGAAAAGCAGCUCGUGUUUAACGAAAUGUUCCGGCUGCUCAAGACUGGUGGGCGCGUGGCAAUCAGCGAUAUUCUGACGAAAAAGGAACUUUCACCAGAGCUGAAAGGUGACAUGGCUCUUUAUGUGGGAUGCAUUGCGGGUGCAAGCCAAGUGAAAGAGUACGAGCAGUACCUUCAUGUAGCAGGGUUUGUCGACAUUCUGAUCGUCGAUGCCCACAAUGACUUGAAUGUGUACAAGGAUAAAGGGGCACAAACUUCAACCCAAUGCUGUGGUACAGAUGCAAAGAACUCCCGCUAUGAGAAGGAGUCCUCUUGCUGCACUGGCAAGGGCGCCGAGCAAGCCGACGCUCUCGAAGCGAUUAGGAAUGACUUCGAUAACUUGGAUUUCAAUGAGUGGGCGGGAUCAUUCAAGAUCUAUGCUAUCAAAGCAUGA